ACAGACUGUUUUGCUGCAGUGAACGGUAGCCGUGGUGAGAGGAAAAGGCAAGAAAAACAAGAAGACAGCGGAGGGCGGAACAAGAACCAAGACAGACAGAUCCAGUGGGACUUUAGCGUGAACGCCAGCAGACAGACGGUUCUAAAACUCCUGGACGGACGGAGCCAACGGGCAUCACGAGGAGCGCAUAUAUCGCGCUUCGGUGAGCUUCUCCACUUCUUCUGGUCUCGAGAGGACCAUUGGGUUUAGUGUACGGACGGAUGAGCGUGAUGCUGGCGCGUAUGACAUUCCCGUCAUUCCAGCGUUCUGUUGUCAUGGCGCUCGUGGCCUUGAUGCUCCUUUUUGCAUCAUCCGUACGGAGUAACUUCGUUUACGAUGAUGACCCCUUUCAGCCGGUGACCCAAGAUGAGACUGUGUCAGUGGGCGGGACCGUGACACUGACCUGCAGCGUGAAGGAAAACGAUAACUCCUCCCUCCAGUGGUCAAACACGGCCCAGCAGACCCUGUACUUCGGAGAGAAGAGAGCACUGAGAGAUAACCGUAUCCAGUUGGUAAAGUCCACAGGCACAGAGCUGAUAAUCACCAUCUCAGAAGUUCAGUUGUCAGAUGAUGGAGAGUACACCUGUUCAAUCUUCACUAUGCCUGUCCGAACAGCACGGGCCACCGUUACUGUACUCGGUGUCCCAGGUAAGCCAGUGAUAACAGGCUUUGAAGAUGCUGUUCACGAGGGCAGCAAAGUGACUCUCACUUGCACAAGUUCGGGCAGCAAACCUCCUGCCAAACUCCACUGGUACAGAGAUCAAGAAGAGCUACAAGGACGUCCUGACAUUGUGGAGUCCAACCCUGAUGAACCGACCUACACAGUGACUAGCGAGCUGAUGCUCACUGUCACCAGAGACGAUAAUGACGCCCUGAUCGCCUGCGCCGUGGAUCACCCGUCCAUCGCCAACGGAGACAAAAAGACAGAGCAACCUCUCAACGUCUUGUUUUCUCCAAGCGUGUGGAUUCAAGCCGAGAAUGACCUCCCCCGAGAAGGGGAGAAGUUUUACCUGCAGUGCGUUGGGAACGGAAAUCCAGAGCCCACGGCUUACACGUGGGAUAAGAAAGAUGGACUGCUCUCCCUGCAGGUGAAGGUAGAUGGUGCGUUCCUGCGAUUUGAGUCCCUCAACAAGUCUGAUGAUGGCAUUUAUAUGUGCUAUGCUGACAACGGGAUCGGCAGGGGGGACGGAUCGUUCCCGCUCUCUGUGCAAGACCCCACAGCGCUGUCCGCCGCCUCAGGUGUGGACCACGCAGUGAUUGGUGGUGUGGUGGCUGUCAUUGUCUUCAUCAUGCUUUGUCUUCUCAUCGUCCUCGGAAGAUACUUAAUCAGACACAAAGGGACAUACCUGACUCACGAAGCGAAAGGCUCUGAUGAUGCCCCUGAUGCAGACACAGCCAUCAUUAACGCUGAGGGUGGCCACUCUGGGGUGGACGACAAGAAAGAGUACUUCAUCUAGUGAUCCACCCUUCCGCACCCUCUACCUUCAAACGCUUCAGUUCACUCAGUCUGACGGGGGAAAACAGGGAAAUGGCAGAGAAGAGAGGACAUACGUGAGAAAAAAAUCUAACAAAAACAGUGUUAACCUGUUGGAACUGAAGAAACUCAAAUAAGCUUCGACACACAGGACAGUUAUGCACUGGCGCGUGGGCUCAUUUUCACAUACAUACAUACACACAUGGGUUCAUGCACAAAUGACACACACAAUGCCUGCAUUGCCAUAAUCAAACGCGCAUAAUAAAAAAGAGGUACGCAAAGGCAAUAUGACAGUGACCACUUUUCUCUCGUUUCCCAUGAUUCCUUUCAAACAGUCUGGAUCAAACACACGAGCGCUGUGGCACAUGCGCGCAGUGACGCGCAUGCAUGACUUUGGGACGUGUGGUCUGCAUCUAAACCCAUUGAAACAAACACACAGACUCACGGUCGGCAUGCAUGCACACACACACUGAAGAAGCGUUUAAAAAAAUGUAAGCGAGCGAUGCUACGACCCUGCAAUAUCUCUGACAGACACAAACAUGGAUUCACUCAUAUGUCACCCCAAUGUCAAGUUACACUAAUUCACACGCAUACCAAACUAACACACACACACAGAACCAGGCAAAAACAGCAGCCCCUUAAACCAUCGUGUGGGCCCCCAGUAUAAAUUUAUAAAUACAUAUACAGUAUAUGAUUAUAUAGCAUCAUUUUUACUCAGUGUGCUGUAAAUAUACUCUCUCUCUCUCUCUCUCUCUCUCUCUCUCUCUCUCUCUAACUUCACUGUCUGAUAUUGCAGUAUAUACUCUCUGAGCCUGCCUGGUUUUCUUACAUGCGUGGAAAUGCAGAGUUGAUAAAAAACAUCUCGGACUAUAGAAAAAAAACAUGGUGUUAUGAAAAUAUUUGUAUGAAUUUUGUUCUCUUCGAGUUUAAUUUCUGGUGUUAACCGUUGGUGCAACAGUCUAGUGUCAUCUCAUCAACCUGGGAAGAUGAUUAUCCUUAUCAUUUUUUUAUUACUAGGUCCUUCUCGAUUAAAACGCAUUACAUUAGUUGUGCACUGAUGUUCCAUUGUAUCGGUUUCAAUCGUCAGCUGACUCACGCCACCUUCAGGAAUGAAUCUUCUCUGUUCUUUAGUGGAAGGUCAUAAUUAGAAUUGCAGGGUAAUACACAACCAGACUACUGCUCUCUUUUUCUCUCUCUCCCCCUCUCUUUCUGUCCAAAUGAACCUCCCUAUUCCCACGCUUUCUGUCAAUUUACUGCUGCUCCCGCACAACGCCGUGAUAGAUCUAGAGUUUUUCUAGACUACUAACAUCAGCUAGAGGCCACGGGGUGUUUAGGAAGUGGGCGUGGAGGUUGAGUCAUGCAAUGAACCGAGGCAGUUGUAGCCAAUAAAAAAUGGUUAAUUGUUUGUUUCAGAUCUUUACCGAGGACAAUCUGGUGAGUUGUGUGUAAUCAUUAUGGAGGAGUUUUGCUUCGGUAAGAAUCCAGCUGUUCAUCCCCUUAUCAGUGCUGAUCUGGUGGGAGACUAGAUGACAGGACGUGGCCAGCUGUCAUUUUACGUCACUUAUUUCUUCUGUAUAACAAUUUACUUUAAGGAUAGCGUCACAGGUGUAGCCUGGCAGUUUAUGUUGGCCUGUGGUGCUCAUGCAUGCGAUGCACGUUUGAGUCUGGCUUGUGACAUUUUCAAACCUUGUUCCCCCUUUUCCUUCAUAACAUUUCUUUUGGCAAAUGGCCAAAAAUAAAUUAUUUAGAAACAAUGAAACUGAGUUGGGUAGCUAGGAAACUGAGUUGGGCGAAAGUUAUUAUAAUUCUGAAUAAAAGUCUUUAAAAAAAGGGAGUCACCACAGAGGAAUACCUUCAAUAAAUUGGCAACUGACCACUUACAACAAAAAAUUGUCUUCUGCCUUCAGACUCCCUCCACAUACUGUAUGAUGUACCUUAUUAAUGCCCGCAGACAAAGAAAUUCUGAGAUACGCAGUUGAAAUUGUCUGCCGCAAGGUGGCGGUAAUGUAAUUCGUUUCCCAUCCAGCUUUCUCUCUCUCUCUCUUUCUAUCCUGUACAAGCAGUAGAAUUUCCAGUUAGUGAUAAAUCAGCUCAGUGGUUAAUUUUUAAAUAAUGUUGUUUACUUUAAUUCUGCUGUAGUUGUGCAUACUGUUGUUUGUAAUUGUUAUUUUUUUCUUUUUUAUCUUUAUCACUUGAUGUCUCAUACUGUUAUAGUUUACAUUACCUGUUUUUUAUCUCCAUUUUUUCAUAUAAUUAGUGUUGCCUUGAACAGUCUACUGUUAACAGCACACACAAGGGAACACAGACACUAGCACGCACAUUUUGUGAACGUGUGCUUGUCUGUGUUUGUGUGUGGAGGAUUUUGCAGCCCAGCAAACAGAUCAUUUUAUUCUUUUGAAUGAUAAGUCUUCCUUUUGAAUAAAUAUUCAUAUCACGUGAAGCUAUUCUUUCAUGUUGGUUUGUAUUAUGGCCGGGGAUGUCAUCUGAACGGGACUGGACUCUGAGAUCAUCAUCUUUGUGGGUUCCGUUUGUUUGAUGGUCUGUUUAAACAGUAUUUGCUUUUUGUUACAAAAAAGAGAUCCCUUGUUAACAUCAAAAUAAAUAUAGAUUUGGGUUAACCUCA